AUGCAUAUACAGAAAGCUGUACUUGGGGACAAUAUAACGACUGUCCUGCUUGGGGCAACUGCACAGCAAGUUGCGGAGGGGGAAAUAAAUCAAGAACGCUGCAGGACAAACAUUAUUGCAAACUGUCCAACCUCUCAGCACCAAUGCAGUGGGAAUCCAGAUGGUAUCCGCUGUCUUCGAUGUAACGACCCAUAUUAUAGUAGUGGUUAUAACAGAGGAUGUUCUGCAUGUCCAGCCAUCGCCAAUUGUAAGCGCAGAAGCUGCACAACAGCCUCCAAUGUCAUCUGCAAAGAGUGCAACGAUAACAAUGUCUUCUUUAAGCGUAACAACAGAGACAAGGAGUGUCAGCGGAUGUGUUCUUGGAACAACCACUACUGUUGGCCUGGGAGCUGCAGCACAAAUGGUCUUACCAAGGAUUGCACGUGCGCAACGGGGUUUUACAAGAUUUCAAAUUCUGCGGAAACCUCGUGUCAUCCAAAUAAGAAACCAUCUAUCUUAACUUGUGAUACAGUUGCAAUCGGUCCAAACGGUGAAAAGAAGAGGGCAAUGCCAUCUAAUCUUUUAAGUGCGUGUCAAUAUUUGCAAGACAUGUACGGAAAUUAUCAGCCAUCUACACUUCAGUUUAACUUGAGCACGGAAUACACAAUUGACAUGUCCAGAUACUCGCCUCCGUCAUUUAUUGUCGAACAGGCCUUCGGAAUAACGGACACAACAGUAUAUAUCAAACGGCAAUCCGUAUCAGCUUUGCUCACUACGUUAACAACAAACCGACGGCUUAUUGAUAGAAAUUUGAGCCAGUAUGUUAGAAGAACGCAUUACGAUUCACGUAAUCUUACUGUUUCCUCAACUGCAUACUCACUCGCAAAUGGCCAGGCGUAA